CGCCAAUCUUGAAGUGAGUGUGGGAAGUGGCGGCCGAGGCGCUGUCAUGGAGGUGGUACAGGAAGCGCGGGAACUGCUCUGCUGGGCGGCGGAGGAGAUGGAGGCGCCGGAGGCUGCCCGGGUGCCGGAGUCGACGCUGCGCAGGCUGUGCCUGGGCCAGGGGGCUGACAUCUGGGCCUAUGUCUUACGGCAUGUGCACAGCCAAAGAAACGUCAAGAAGAUCCAGGGAAACCUACUCUGGUAUGGCCACCAGUACAGUCCAGAGGCCUGUCGGAAGCUGGAGCUGGAAGCUGCUGUUGCCCGCCUACGGACAGAGAUCCAGGAGUUAGACCAGAGCUUGGAGCUGAUGGAUCAGGAGACCGAGGCUCAGGACAUGGCCAUGGAGCAGGCGCUGCAGAGCAUGCGAGACACCCAGCGAUGUGCUCUCCUCCUCCGGGCCCAAGCUGGGGCCAUGCGAAGACAGCAACGUGGACUCCAACAUCCCAUGCAGUGGCUACAGAAUCAGCUCAGGCACCUGCAGGACAUGGAAAGGAAAGCUAAAAUGGACGUAACCUUUGGACCCUUGACAUCAGCAACCCUGGGCCUGGAGCCUAUGGUCCUGAGUGAUGUCCGAACAGCAUGCACCCUCCGAACUCAGUUCCUGCAAAACCUUCUGGUUCCUCGGACUAAAGGAGGCGGCACCCUAACCCCUCAAGAAGACCACUUUGGAACUUCCUACCAGCAGUGGCUUAGCUCAGUGGAGACUCUGCUGACAAACCACCCUCCAGGCCAUGUCUUGGCCUCCUUGGAACACCUGGCUGCAGAACGGGAGGCAGAAAUUCAGUCCCUGUGCAGUCUGGAAAGGCUCCAAGAUACAGAGAUAGCCAGGUCCCAAGUACCAGACCAAUCAGAUGCCAGCCAGGCCCUGCCAUCCGUGGUUCAUCUCAUCCAGGAGGGCUGGCAAGCUGUGAGUGUGCUGGUCACCCAGCGGGGCCUCCUCCUGAAGGAGCAUCAAAUCCUGACCCGGCACCUCCAGAGCCUGAUGGAGGAGGUGGAGAAAUGUACCCUGGGAUCCUGCAAGAGGCAAGCAUUGGUGCUAGAGCUCCGAGACUGUGGCCUUCGGGCAGAGCUCAAGGCCCUGUGUGCCCAGAGCCAGGAGCUGGAGGAGGCUGCUGAACUGCGGCAGCUUCUGCUACAGGAGCUGCAGGCCAAACAGCAACGGAUCCUGCACUGGCGCCAGCUGGUGGGGGAGACACAGGAACAGAUCCGCCUGCUCAUCAAGGGCAACUCAGCCAGCAAGACGCACCUGGGCCAGAGCCCAGGGGAGGUGCUGGCUCUGGUUCAGCAAAAAGUGGUCCCCACAUCCAAGGCGGUGACACCACAGAGCCAGGAGCUGCUUCACUGUCUGGAAAAGGAGGCCCAGCACCUGCCCUACCUUCCGCUGCUCCAGCACAGCCCUGGAGGAUUGCAGCCCCUGCCUACAGUCCUGCCAUCCAUCCACCAGCUUCAUCCUGCAUUCUCACAGGGCUCCAGCCUCAUGGUGCUUAGCCACAUGCUGGGGCUCCCCACAGGGAAGGCUCCAGAGCUGCUUCUCCCGAAGGCUGCUUCUCUUCGCCAGGACCUUCUGUUCUUCCAGGACCAGUGGAGUCUCCGGUGCUGGGAUCAGCUCCACAUGAAGACCAGCCUACCACCUGGACCAUCCACCCAGGGUGGGAUCAGCCAGGCCAAGUUGCCCUCUCUGGGGAGCUCUGCCAGGGCUUGUCCCUGCCCCAGUGGCAGCUGCGCUGGGUCCAAGCCCAAGGCACCCUGCAGUAGCCGUGCAGAUGAAGAAGAGACUCAAACAGGAGUCAAGAGCACAUUCAUCCUCACACCUCAAUGGCCCCACUAUGGAAGACAGCAUUGUCUGGGUGUGUCACCCAUUGUUUCUACCCACACUUGCCACCCUCUCACAGGCUGUGCUGCUGUUCCUCUCAACUGCCUUACUCCUGUCCAGUCAUGCCACUGAAGAAUGCGGUGCUCUGGACCCGACCCAAGGUCCCCCUGAAACUCCCCUCAUCACUGUCAUCCUCAACCUAAAGUAAUUGAGCACCUGCUGUAAACACUGAGGAUCCAGCACUGAACAAAAUAGACAAAAGUCCCUACUUUUAGGAACAAUGAAACACACUGCUGUAUUUAGGGAUUCCAGCCCCCUGGCGCAGUUGAAAAUCCACACACAACUUUUGUUUUUGGCUGCUCCAAAAUUUUACUAAUAGACUGCUCUUGACUGGAAGGAAGCCUCACUGAUAACAUAAACAGUCAAUUAAUAAACAUUUUGUAUGUUUCAUGUA